CCGCAUACCGCUGCUACACGUUCACGCUGCUCCGUGGAUUUCCUCCACACUUCAAACAUCCACGGAGAGGCUCGCUCACCUAAAACUUCCACCAGAGGAAUGGCCAACACUUUCCCUUCACUUUGGACCACGAUGAGCUACAAAACAACACGGAAGUGGAUUUAAAAGGAUCUACUUUGUGCGCCGACAGUCACGUUUUUUGACUUUUCCCACUUUUUUGUUGUAAAGGGGGAGGGGGGGACACACACAAACUUCAGGGGUGUCCUCUUGUGAAAGGAAAAUGUGUCCCGACACGCCAGUCCGCACUUUUGCCAGCUUUCUGCUCUUUUUUCUGGUGUUUUUGAGAUUAUUUUGUGGGGUUUGGACGAACGCGAGGACGUGUCCGCCGCCGUGCGCAUGUUUAGGGGAUUCAGUGGACUGUAGUCGACUCAAAAGGGGACAAAUGCCAAACUCUUUCCCGGAUUGGACUGCUCAGCUGGAUCUGAGCCAUAACAAAUUGCAGGUGCUGGACAGCACUUUGUUUUCCCAACUCCAACAUCUAAAUGAAAUAAAGCUGAACCACAACGAACUGGAGGCCAUACCCGAUUUGGGAUGGUCCGCAUCCAACAUCACAACUUUAGUUCUAGCCAACAACCGGUUCUCCAGAGUCGCCGCGGAGCAGCUGAGGCCGUUCCUCGCCCUGGAAACGCUGGACCUCAGCAACAACAACAUUGUGGAAAUAAAGGCCGACUCCUUCCCUGUGCUGCCCCUCAAGAACCUGUUCCUCAACAACAACCGCAUCUCCUCGCUGGAGACGGGCUGUUUCACCAAUCUGUCCAGCAGCCUCCAGGUCCUGCGACUCACCCGCAACCGCCUCUCCUCAAUACCGGCCAAGAUCUUCCAGCUGCCCAACCUGCAGCACCUGGAGCUGAACCGCAAUCGGCUGCGCCGGGUGGAAGGCUUGACGUUCCACGGUCUGCACGCUCUGCGCUCCCUGAAGAUGCAGCGGAACGGCCUGAGCCGCCUGAUGGACGGAGCCUUCUGGGGCCUGGGCAACAUGGAAGUCCUGCAGCUGGAUGACAACAACCUGACGGAGGUGAGCAAGGGCUGGCUGUACGGCCUGCUGACUCUGCAGCAGCUCCACCUGGGCCACAAUGCCAUCAGCAGGAUCCGACCCGACGCCUGGGAGUUCUGCCAGAAACUCAGAGAGCUCAACCUCUCCACCAACCACCUGUCCCGACUGGAGGAGUCCAGUUUUGUUGGACUCAGCCUGCUGGACCAGCUCCACAUCGGGAACAACCGCGUCAGCUUCAUCGCCGACGGAGCUUUCCGGGGCCUCUCCAGCCUGCAGACACUGGAUCUUCAAAGUAACGAAAUCUCCUGGACCAUAGAGGACAUGAACGGUCCCUUCUCAGCGUUGGACAAACUGAAGAAGCUAUUUCUACAAGGGAACCAAAUCCGCUCCGUUACCAAGAAGUCCUUCUCUGGCCUGGAUGCACUGCAGCACCUAGAUUUGAGCGACAACGCCAUCAUGUCCGUCCAAGCCAACGCUUUCUCUCAGAUAAAGAACCUCCAAGAGCUGCGUCUGAACACCUCCAGCCUGCUGUGUGACUGCCAGCUCAAGUGGCUUCCAGUCUGGGUGGCAGAGCAAACCUUCCUGCCCGCCAUCAACGCCAGCUGCGCCCACCCGCAGACGCUGAAGAGCAGGAGCGUCUUCGCCAUCGGGCCCGAGGAGUUUGUGUGCGAUGAUUUCCCAAAGCCUCAAAUCACCGUCCAGCCCGAGACCCAGUCGGCCCUCAAGGGGUCCGACGUGACCUUCGUGUGCUCGGCGGCCAGCUCCAGCGACUCGCCCAUGACCUUCGCCUGGAAGAAGGACAACGAGGCGCUGAGCGAGGCGGAGAUCCACAACCAGGCCCACCUGCGGGUGCGAGGAGGCGGCGGCGGCGAGACGGAGGUGACGGAGUACACCACCACUCUGCAGCUGCGUGACCUGCAGUUCUCCAGCGAGGGAAGGUACCAGUGUGUCAUCUCCAACCACUUUGGCUCUUCUUACUCCACCAAGGCCAGACUCACUGUCAACAUGCUGCCGUCCUUCACCAAGAUGCCCACGGACUUGAGCAUCCGUGCCGGGGCCACCGCCAGGCUGGAGUGCGCGGCUGUGGGCCACCCGUCCCCGCAGAUCGCCUGGCAGAAGGACGGCGGCACCGACUUCCCCGCCGCACGCGAGCGCCGCAUGCACGUGAUGCCCGAGGACGACGUUUUCUUCAUGGUGGACGUGAAGACGGAGGACAUCGGUGUGUACAGCUGCACCGCUCAGAACAUCGCCGGGGCCAUCUCUGCUAAUGCUACGCUAACUGUGCUAGAAACGCCUUCCUUCUUGCGUCCUCUGAUGGACCGCACGGUGGCCAAGGGUGAGACCGCCGUGCUGCAGUGCAUAGCCGGCGGCAGCCCGGCGCCGAGGUUGAACUGGACCAAGGACGACAGCCCCUUGAUGGUGACCGAGCGACACUUCUUCGCCGCCGCCAAUCAGCUCCUCAUCAUCGUGGACGCGGCGGAGGCGGACGCCGGCAAGUACACUUGCGAGAUGUCCAACGCCUUAGGCACGGAGCGGGGGAACAUCAGGCUGGCCGUCAUACCCAACCCCAACUGUGAUUCCGGGGCGCAAGGAGGCGUCGGGGUGGGGAUGGUCGGCGGAGCGGGCUCGGACGACGACGGCUGGACCACGGUGGGCAUCGUCAUCAUAGCGGUGGUGUGCUGCGUGGUGGGCACCUCACUGGUGUGGGUGGUCAUCAUCUACCACACCCGCAGGCGCAACGAGGACUGCAGCGUCACCAACACAGACGAGACCAACCUGCCUGCGGACAUCCCCAGCUACCUGUCCUCACAAGGCACGCUGGCAGAGCGCCAAGACGGCUACCUGCCCUCCGAGAGCGGCCAGUACGCCAGCGCCUUCUACCUGCCGCCCAAAGACUUGAACGGCUUCUGUCAGCUGGAUACAGGAAGUGAAGGCGACAUGGAGGCGUGCCUCGACCCCCUGCUGUGCCAUUAUCAGGGUCCAAUCAGCACGCUGCUUCGCCGAGACCUCUACCCCAGCGAGGACGUCUACGCAGGGUGUCCCGCCGAGACCAGACCUGUUGGCAGCGACAGUGAGAGCCUGACCAGGUCCAGAAGACGGGACUACGAGCCUCUGGACCUCUGCUCCUCCGCUAUCUUGAUGCAGCUUCCCAACGCCAGUCUGCAUCUUGGCCCCUCCCACCAGCAGCCUGGCCGCCGCCCAUCCAUAGAGGAGGGGGAGGCGGCCAAUUACGACGAGUGUCUCCCGCCAUCUAACUCCUUCAUGGGCACAUUCGGCAAGUCCCCCUGGAGGCCUCGGCAGGACCUGCACCCCGGCUCCGGUCCUCCCCCGCCGGCGACCCACAGCGGACACGCUCCCUGCCAGAACCCGUACGAGGACUGGGAGUCCAAGGAGGACGCCUGCAAGGACUCUGAAUCAGAGCACAGUGUUUACGAGCAGCCAUUUGACUGCGGCACGGGACUCGGGGGCGGGAGCGGUUCUUAGCCAGCGAAUCCUCCUCCAGAGAAAUUCUACCUCACUUUUGUAAGAAAGGACGAAUGUAAGAAGAUGACCGGAAAGUCUUUUAUAUGCAAAUAUACUUCUUGUAGAUACAGAGGACAUUAUUUUUCUUUAAUACUCAAAUGUUUGUGCUUUCAUGAAGACACUUUUUGCACAACAAAUAAAACAACAGAUAUUUUCA